AUGAUGGCCAAAGUGUUUGAACUCCUGGCAUUACUACUACCUCUCAUAUCCUCCGAAGUUGACGUGAGUUUAUAUUGUUAUUUGGAUACAUUACACAUAAUACAAUAUUACUUCAAUUUAGUACUACAAAAUUAGUGCUAACAUUUAGUACUAUAAAAGUACCUCAGCUUAGUACUAUGUAAAAUUUGCUACCACGAAGUAGGGUUAAGUUAUACGUUAUAGCUUAACGAACCCUACAUAUCGUCCGAAUCCCACCACUACAAGCUACGACCAUACCACGAUUUUCAAACAGAAGAACAAAGAUUACUGUAUCAUUUGAUGCGAACAUACGAACGAUCAGUACGACCGGUCAAAAACGCUUCGGAUACUGUUACAGUAAAACUGGGCAUGACUUUGACUAACAUUUUCGAUAUCGUAAGUACCCUACCCUACCUUAACCUACCCUAUUCGACCCCACCUUUUUCUGCCUUUUAGUACUCUACUUUACAGUACCUACUUUUAACUUUGAUUUCCCUACCUUUAUAUCCCCCUCAAAUUACCCUACAUUACCUCUGCCUUAAAUUACAGUAUCCUGUAAUUAAAACUUUUUUUAAAUUUCAGAAUGAAAAAAGCCAAGUUUUGACCAUUAAUGUUUGGCUAGAUCAAGAAUGGCGUGACGAAUUACUGGCAUGGGAGCCUAAAGACUUUAGUGGAAUUACCUCAAUUCGAUUACCUUGUGAUAGUAUUUGGCUACCUGACAUUUUACUCUACAAUAAGUAAGUCAUCUAUUUGUUGCAUUAAUCUCCUUUAUUUCUUACCGUAAUCUUGUCUCUUUUUUACAGUAAUCUUUUAAUACAUAACUUUUUUUGUAAAAUACGACUUACCAUCUUUCAUAAUUUUAGUGCCGAUGACUUUACAAGUGGAUACUACCGUAGUAGAGCCAUGUUAUUCUACGAUGGUACAGUAUUCUGGCCUCCACCUACGAGACUACGGUCCUUAUGUAAAAUAGAUGUCACUUAUUUUCCAUUCGAUGACCAACUAUGUAUAUUAAAAUUUGGAUCAUGGUCGUAUCAUGGAUUUCAAUUGGAUUUAACUAACCGAUCGACCAACAUUGAUCUGACAAAUUAUGUUGAAUCUGGAGAGUUCGAGUUGGUUAGAGUGCAUCAGAAGAGGAGGGUCGUCAAGUAUUCUUGUUGUGAGUUUAUAUUUAAUCUACACUACCCUAUUCUACCCUACCCUACCAAAACCAGCCUAUCUGAAAAUGAAAAUUAAAUACAUACUUUCAUUUUUAGGUGAUGAACCAUACCCUGACAUUACCUUCUACAUUCAUGUACGACGAAAGGUAAGACAAACAUUACCUAAACCAUCAAAAAAUAAACUAUAUAUUUUUCACUCAAAUUUUAAAACCUACAUGACCAUGUCCUACCCUACUCUACAUUAAACUAUAAUUUUAAAAUUUCCUUUUCAGACCUUGUUCUACAUUCACAACAUAGUACUGCCGUGUGUUAUGAUGUCGGUGCUAACGUUAUUGGUCUUUUAUUUACCUCCAGAUUCCGGUGAGAAAGUCGGUCUUGGAAUUACUGUGCUAUUGGCUUUCUCCGUAAGUUUUAAAAUUUUUAUCCACUCCAAAAAAAUCACCCCGCCCAAUUUUUUUUUCUUAAAAUCGUUUAAAACCCCAAAUAUUACCUUUGCCGUGUUAACUCAUAUUAUUAAUACCUUGUCCUCCCGUCUACUUUCAACUACCUUACCCCUCUCCGUCGUCCAUCAAAUUACCCUACCUAUCCCCUUCACUGGCCUUCAAAACCGUAGAAAAACCUCUCACUGUCCCAUUUUCUUGAACGUCUUCACGUACUUUUUCAUUUCCCAGGUAUUCAUGUUAGCAGUAGCCGAAAAGAUGCCAGAAACCUCAGACUCCCUCCCGCUCAUCGGUAUCUACCUAACCCUAAUCAUGUUCCUGACCUCAAUCUCAGUAGUGAUGACAGUCCUUGUCCUCAACUUUCAUCAUCGUGGCUUUGUCAACGAAGACGUGCCAGAAUGGGUUGAAGAAUGGCUUUUAAACAAGCUUCGACGAUGGGUCGGCAUCAAGAUGAAACCUUCAAAUACAAUAGCCAAAGUACCGUAUUCUGGUGAGAAGGCCAAGAAAAGGAGACCUACUAUCAUUAGUAUGAAGGGGGUGAACAAGGUCGAAUACGAAAUGAUUCCUAAUGGGGAUACAGCGACAGAACAGAACAAUAACCACGGAAGUAAUAAUAACACUGUGGUGAGACAACACGACCAUCUCAGUUUAGUUGAAACGACCAUUUUAACUUCGCUUCAGGUAAACUACGAUUUCUUAAUUUGGUACAAAUACGGUUUCAUCAUUUGGUGCAACUACCAAAUCAAAUUUUUAAAAUUAGGAAGCACAGGAUUAUUUGAACAACCUUUUUCGAAGAACAACCUAGCUAAAAUUUAGUAAAAACGUAUCUUGUGGUCUUUGUCAACGAUAUUUGUUUACGAAAUUUAAAAUUUGUUACCUAUUUUAUAUUUAGACCACUUUUCAUAAGCUCAACCUUAACUUUUUCACAACAAAAACACGUUUUCCCUAAACUUUUAGUCAUAAUACCACUUAAGAUAACAAAAGAACUAAAAACUUACUUUCAUUACUUUCAGGAGCUUCUCCAACAACAACGACACCAAUUCCAACAAGAAUCUCGAGCUGAAAAAUGGCGAAUGGUAGCAGAGGUUAUCGACCGGUUGUUAUUCUUCAUUUUCCUAAUAGCAACAUUGGCAAUCACACUGACGUUGUUGAUCAUGAUCCCGGUGGCCCGGAGGUUGUUUUACGAUGAUCAGUUCGACGAGAAAUUGUUUGGACGAAAUUGA